UGUUUGUCCAAACAGAUCAAUCCGAGACCUUCUGCCAAAAUGCUCCUUUUGUUGCUGGGGAUCAUUGUACUGCAUGUGUCGGUUCUUGUCCUUCUCUUUGUGUCUACAAUCGUCAGCCAAUGGCUCUCUGGUGCUGUGCGCGCAACAGACCUUUGGCAGAACUGCACAAUGGGACCGUCUGCAGAAGUGGUCCAUUGCGUACAGUCAUCCACAAAUGAAUGGCUGCAGUCUGUCCAAGCUCUGAUGAUCCUCUCCAUCAUCUUCAGCGUUUUGUCUUUGUUCCUGUUCUUCUGCCAGCUCUUCACUCUCACUAAAGGUGGACGGUUCUACCUUACUGGCAUUUUCCAGAUCCUUGCUGGCCUGUGUGUGAUGAGCGGCGCUUCCAUCUUCACAGUGAGACACACAGAGUGGUAUCACUCUACAGAGAACCUCUCCUUUGGCUUCACGUACAUCCUGGCCUGGGUGGCCUUCCCGCUGGCCCUCAUCAGCGGGGUGAUUUAUGCCAUCUUGAGGAAGCGCGAAUGAAAGGUCAAGCGAGGCAGCUGAGGACGGAGCGCUUGGGACAAAGGGGUGUCCAAGAAUUAGAAAAUCAAAAAUGGAAUUUAACCAAAAAAAAAAAAAAAAAGUAAACCCAACAAGGAAAAGGAAAACCAAACCGAAAGGAGGGUUACUAUGUUCAUUGAAGAUGUAUAUAGUAUCUAUGGUUUUU